CAGUCAUACCUCACAAGGAAGAAAAUAGCAGAGAAGCUAAUGCUAUUCGUCAAUGUAGCAUUUUGGUCAGUUAUGUAGGUCGCAGUUGGGCUGUUACUAAAAUACACAGACAUACUACUGACUCAGUUUAACGGACCGAAUAUCACAAGUAAAGUAAACAACAAGGAAAGAUGCAGGCAGGUGACCCUUUGGUUGGUGCAUCUAUGGCAGUAGCUGGUGCCCAGAGUCGGUCAGAGGACGAGGAGUCGCUUGGAGUUAAAGAUGUCAAAAGGACAGCAACGCAAGCAUUUGGCAGUGGCGUCCCCAAACGCAGAAGCUCCUCCAGGUCAAUAAAGAGGAAGAAGUUUGAUGAUGAACUUGUGGAAAGCAGUCUUGUAAAGUCAUCCAGUCGAGUCAAAGGCCCUCAGGUUAUAGAGCCAGUCCGCUGUUCGGGGAGUGAACUCUCUUCUAAUGAGAAGAAAAAGGUGACAAAGUCAGGAACGACUCUCACGCCUCCUCUCGCUAUGGUAAUAAACCCUGCACCUAUCACCAAAAGAGUAAAGAAAAGCAAGCAGCCUCUACAUAUUACUAAAGACCUGGGAAGAUGGAAACCCACUGAUGAUCUGCUCCUCAUAAAUGCAGUGUUGCAGACCACAGAUCUGACCUCAGUUCAUCUGGGAGUCAAGUUCAGCUGUCGUUUUACUUUGCGGGAAAUUAAAGAGCGGUGGUAUGCCUUGCUAUAUGAUCCUGUCAUCUCAAAGCUUGCAUGGCAGGCUAUGCGACAGCUUCAUCCAGAAGCCAUUGCAGCAAUUCAAAGCAAAGCCCUCUUUAGUCAGGCUGAGGAGGCACUGCUUGCCAAGAUUGGUUCAACCAGUCAGCCCAAACUGGAUGUGUUCCAGGAGCUACUGAGCAAACAUCCCGGUGUCUUUCACCCAUCUCGCACUGCCAAGAGUCUACUGGUGCACUGGCAGCUGCUAAAGCAGUACUACCUACUGGACGACCAGAGUGUUCAGCCUCUUCCUAAAGGUGACCAGGUCCUGAACUUCUCUGAUGCCGAGCAGAUGGUUGACGAUGUCAAGUUAAAGGAGAGCAGAGAUGAGGUUUUGGAACAUGAGCUGAUGAUUUCUGAUCGGCACCAGAAAAGGGAGAUCAGGCAGUUGGAGCAGGAGUUGCCUCGUUGGCAGGUCCUCGUUGACAGUAUCACGGGCAUGAGCAUGCCAGACUUUGACAACCAAACGCUGGCAGCACUACGAGGACGGAUGGUUCGCUACCUCAUGAGAUCACGAGAGAUUACGUUGGGCAGGGCGACUAAGGACAAACAGAUAGAUGUAGAUCUUUCACUGGAGGGACCUGCUUGGAAAAUAUCGAGAAAACAAGGAAUUAUUAAACUGAAGAAUAAUGGAGACUUCUUUAUCGCUAAUGAGGGCAGACGGCCCAUCUACAUAGAUGGCAGACCAGUCCUGUCGGGUAACAAAUGGAAACUCAAUAACAACUCGGUGGUGGAGAUCGCAGGUCUUCGCUUUGUGUUUCUUAUUAACCUGGAACUCAUCUCACUAAUAAAAGCUGAAGCAGCUAAGAUGACUCAGCAGUGAUCUUCAGCCAUCGAGCAGAGGAACAGAUACAUGCAGGACAAACUGGCAGACGAAUGAACACAUCAGUCGUCCUGUGUAGAACGGUGGAUUUACUUUGUUCUUACGAAACACAGCAACAACGAUGGCCACGUUAACCCUAAAUGUGAGAUUGUAAACCGGCUACAUAACAUGUUUUUACAUGGUGGUUGAACAUUUUUCAUGUCGUAAUGUAGAUACUGUCCUGGUAGAGCUUUGUUUUUCCAGUUUUUUCAAAAUGUUGUAUUUAAAUUCUGCAGUAAAGCUUUUUCAAAAUAUCAAA